AUGGACCACAGACCAUCACAUCCCGCUGAUGCCAGCUUUGACGAGCCACAAGUCACGGCUGACACCGCAAUCACACGAGAUCGUCUAGCUGCCUCAAAGCGUGGCCGUUAUGUUAUGCGUGCCUGUGAGGGUUGCCAUCGACGUAAGGUCAAGUGUUCCAUAGAAAGACCUUGUCCACAGUGUCGCUAUACGGGUGAAGAAUGUACCUAUACGACCGGGCGAUAUAGAAAGAGAAAGAAGACGAAAGAUGUCUUGCACGUUUCUUCCCCAAGAUCAAGCAGCCAAGGAGCAUGCAAUGUUCCUGCACAGACCUCCGGCUUCGUGCUGUCUCCCGAACAGACGAAAGACCCUGAGACCUGGAAAUCGAAGGUCAUUGCCCGCCUGGACGCCAUAGAAAGAAGGUUAGAUGGUGAUCACGACGUCAGGCGAGAACCAGAGACCAUCAGCGCGACAACUUCCGAGUCGGGUGUGUCACUUUCCCCGGCACAACAUGAGAGAUGUCGUUUCCCAUUCAUGAGGGAAUUCUCUGAAGACAUUCAGGACAUGCAUGCGACCUUUCAAAGUGGUACGUCAUUGCUGCCUCCGAUUUCCACUCUCCAGCGUGCCAUCGGUGGAAACGUUGAGCAGGAAAACUCCCCUCAGACGUCAAGAUCAGAGUGCAUGAGUUUAUGUCCGUUUACACGAUCAACUCGUCCGAGUACCUGCUAUGCUCUUGAACGCCAGAUGUGGGGAGAUAGCACACCGGAAGGAUACAGCGUAGAGAAACUGCGAGAGUAUGUCAAAACAUACUUUAGCUGUCUGAACCCCCAUUAUAUGUGCAUUGAUGAAAGAUCUUUUCUCAAUCACCUAGAGUGUUAUCUUGCCCGAGAUUAUAGCCCUUUCAAGUACACGGAUCUCUUUCAGUUUGUGGCGCUCAUCAAUAUCGUGGUUGCGGUGGUCAGGGUACUUGGGGAAUGCUCCCCAUCCCCAACCUCUAGGCCGUCAUUGGCUUCCGGCUGGAAGGAAUUCAUUCAGGCAGAACACCUCCUCAGCCACACAACAUGGCUCGGCAACGGUGACAUAUUGACUAUUCAAUGCCUUUAUCUGAAAGCUUACUACUGCAUUUUUGCGGGGAAGACAACGGCAGCAGCGGAUGCCAUCAGCAACGCUGUGCGUUUGUGCUUCCAGAUAGGUCUGCAUGACCAAAAUGUCUGGAGUGAUGGAGCCCCGUGCGAGAUGCAGAUGGGACAGCUUCUCUUCUGGAGCUUGUACUGCCUGGACCGUCAUGUAGCAAUUGUCUGCGGUACGCCAUAUCUGAUUCGGGAAUCUCUCUGUCGUGUGGACAAACCCAUCUCAGACGCUGAUCAUGAUGUCGUUGCUACCAUGCCGUCUUUGGGACACGUUCCCGGCUACUCGCCAGUCUCUUAUCUCCACGCCACCAUCAAAUGGGCUUCCCUCUGCUCAGAUAUCUGCGACUCUACGUUUGGAAUCAAUGCUGUGAACCCUCAGAGUCAGGAAGCAGUUGCUUCCUUGGACGCACGGGUGACUGUACUGAUUGAUAAUCUACCCGAGGAGCUACAGUGGCGGCCAGGGAUGGUUCAAGGCAAAAGCGAACAGAGGUUGCCUCUAUAUGUAUACCGUCAGGCGUUCAUCAUCAAUUUGCGUGCAAAUCACCUUCGGCUACUCCUGCGACGUCAAGAAAUGGUCAGCCUGAGUUUCUCUUCCCGGACUGCCGAGACUUGCGUCGAGAUUGCAAAGGUUUCCACCGACCUCGUCUCCGAAUUUCACGUAUCAUCUUGGAGCCAAAGAACAGAUCGCUUCUCAUCUGUCAUAUUCCUUGCCGCGGCGCUCAUUCCGCUGAUUUGCAUUCUGGUAAGGCACGACAGUCGGGAUGAACUCAGAGAAAAAGCCAUUGCUCCCUACUGCAAGGCUCUCAAAAUUAUCCAAGAUCAUUCCAACAGUCUGGCAUUUGCCCAAAACAUUCUCCAGAGACUUGGGUGUCUCAUCGACGCUGCAAACACAAUCAUUGUGGCGAGAGAAAACGCGAGUUACUCGAGUCAGCAGGCUUCCCAUCCAAUUGAUCUUCUUCCUGACCUUCAAUGGCUUACUUCUGCUGAAGGCUUACAAGGAGACAUGGGCUUGUGCGAAAGUGAGAGCUUCAUGAGCCAAUCGCUCGCUGCUUUGAAUACCACAUCAUGGGAGUAUCCCACCGAUGCUGACGCCCAAGACUAUCUUCCCUUAUUGAGGUUCGCCACUUAA